GGUAAAACUGAAUUGGGAAUGUUCUAUCAACAAAUCGCCACCAUUCUAAAAAACAAUGGAAGAUUGAAAGCCUUUUUUCAUUUUGAUUUGGAAUGUUUUGGAUUACGAGAUGAUGACAUUUUUGUCUGGAAAAAUAAUGAUUAUAAAAUAAAUAGAGUUCCUCGUUCUCGGGAUUGUUGCAAUUAUUUCCAAUCAAAAAUUCUAAAGAAAAUGCUGUAUGACUCCUAUGGGCUAAAUGCGUUUGUACCUUCUUUUAAACUUUCUAAUUUUUUUAUUUCUAGGCAAAUACUUUUUGGAAAUUAUUACAUUUAA